GUUGACGUCAUAUGAGCGUGAAAUUUAAAGCGGUGUCGUCUAAAAGGUUGUUCUAUAGUACUAGAAAAUCAAAUCACGGGCAGGCCAUCUCCGUCCAUGUUCGAGUAACCGGAGGAAUUUCCAUUCAUUGAUUUCUCGUCACUGAAAGACAAAGAAACAACGCCAAGCCAUGCCCGUUUGUUGCAGCAUCAGAGCUCUCUGGGUCGUCAACAACCUUGACGCCGUCGUUUUCUCCAGGAGGUUCCCGGUGGUGGAGAAGCGUUGGCAGGCAGCUUGCAAGACUGAAAAUGAAAGUUGUAGCGAGGAUCCUGUUAAGUACACUGUGUUACCUACACUACCUACUGAUUCCGAGUUAGCUGCUGCUUUUGCUGAGAGAAAAAGAAGGGAGGGAUCUGUGCGUGGUUUUGGCAUACGGGUAAUUCAGUCAACUAAAGGGUCAGAUUCAUGGGUUGAUGACCCAAUUACACGCCAUGUUAUAAGCCUCAACAUUGAAGAAGAGGAGGGAGGAGAGAAUCACCUGCUAUGGCCAUUAAUCUUGCACAUAAAAGGCCCUUAUUCUAUCCUUGUACUGCCUCUGGUUGAGCCAAAGCACCUCAAAGCAUACACAAAAUUAUGUAAACGAUCUGAUUGUGGAAAUGCUGUUGGAGUUGAUGAUAGUUUUUCUUCCCUUCUGCUUGAUCUUCCAUCCAUCACAGGGGCAUUCACGGCAGCACAUGCGAUUGGUGAGGUAAUUACUGGCGAUGUGGUAGAACCUGAAGUUGUAGUAAGUGCAUCACCAUCAGUUGGAGGCUUGUUGGAUUCACUAACAGGCAGUAUUGGAAUAUCAGGCAUCUCGUCAAGAACAAAACCUGCUGCUGCAACAGGUGCUUCUUCUGCACCUUCUGGUACUGCUGUGGUAGGAACUGUUACAUCAGAUGCUCCAAAACUUGGUUCAAGGGCUUUGGAUAAGGAUGCACUUCGAAGUUUUAUAAGCAGCGCAAUGCCCUUUGGUACGCCUGUGGACCUGAACUACUCUAAUAUUUUUGCUAUCAAGGUUAAUGGCUUUUCUUCGUCGGAUUUACCUCCUCAAGACCUCAAACAACCAGCAUGGAAACCAUAUCUGUACAAAGGAAAACAAAGAUUAUUAUUCACAAUUCAUGAAACAAUUCAUGCUGCAAUGUAUGAUAGAGAUGAGAUUCCUGAUAGUUUAUCUGUCUCAGGUCAAAUAAACUGUCGAGCAGAAUUAGAGGGGUUACCUGAUGUGUCAUUUCCCUUAACAGGGUUGAACACUGGUCACAUUGAAGUUUUAUCCUUUCAUCCUUGUGCCCAGGUUCCAGAGCAUGGUGUGGAUAAGCAGGCUGUGAUGUUUCAACCACCACUUGGUAAUUUUGUUUUGAUGCGUUAUCAGGCAAUCUGUGGCCUUGGACCUCCUGUCAAGGGGUUUUACCAAUUGUCAAUGGUCUCUGAAGAUGAAGGUGCAUUUUUGUUCAAGUUGCGUCUAAUGGAAGGCUAUAAGGCUCCUUUGACAAUGGAAUUUUGUAAUGUCACCAUGCCCUUUCCUAGGAGAAGAGUUGUGUCUUUUGAUGGGACUCCAUCAAUUGGAACAGUUUCAACUACUGAGCAUGCUGUUGAAUGGAAAAUUGUCACGAGUGGACGGGGCUUUACUGGGAAAAGUGUUGAGGCAACUUUCCCUGGAACAGUUAAAUUUGCGCCAUGGCAAACCCAAAGGUUAGGAGGCACAGUAGAUGAAGAUAGUGAUGGUGAGACAGAGAAUGCAAAUAAUAUGGUUAACAUAGAGGAAUAUUUAAUGGAGAAAAUGAACAAGGAUCUUCCUCCUACUGAUCUAGAGGAGCCAUUUUGCUGGCAUGCAUACAAUUAUGCUAAAGUGUCUCUCAAGAUUGUUGGGGCUUCAAUAUCCGGAAUGUCGAUUGAUACUAAAUCUGUAAGCAUUUAUCCAACCGUAAAAGCACCUGUAGAGUUUUCAACUCAGGUUACAUCUGGGGAUUACAUUUUGUGGAAUACACUAGGAAAGUGCCCUUCUGUUGCCACAAAUAUAGGGGGCUGAAUGGCAACUCAGGAGCAUUUGUGAUGAGAAGGAUGCCUCUGUUGGCCAACUACUCCCUGAUCUCAUACUUAAGACAUUGUAUGUAUGCUAGACUGAGGACUACCUUUCCAUGUUCUGCCUUUGAGUUUGGUUAUCCUCAGAUCAGAUUCACCUUCAAUUUUUAUGCUGCAGAUCAAAUUGAAAGUGAGGAAUUCUAGGUAAUUUAUUGUUUUUCGUAUUCAGUAUCGCUCUGCAUGGAAGCAUUAGCUAGGACAAUAUAGGCAAUUAAAUCUAGAUCACAAGACAAUGGUUGCUUGCACUUUUUAGCAUGACCCAUUAUUUCAUUUUUUUUUUUAAUUAUUGCUACAGUAGUUGUCUUGCCCCCUUUUUGACAGAAAAUUUCAUGUAAAGAGUGUAUUCUAUUUGGUUGAUGCCAACUGCUUGCACAUACACCAUGAUUUGGAUUUAA